AUGGGUUCGUACUGGAUAGGCGCUGUUGUUAAUAGCGUGAUGGCCUGGUUUACAGUUUACUUGGCUCUCAUUUCAGUUGCGGCACUGUCAAUCACUCUAAACGCAGCAGUCAUCCCACCUGAUGCGGAGUCACUUUUGGCUCUCAAACAGACCUUGUCUAGCUAUUCUCUUGACGACUGGCGAGACGGAGAGCUCUCCAACUUCUGUAACUGGACGGGUGUCACCUGUGACUCUUCCAACCAGAGCGUAAUCGCUCUCAAUCUCCAAAACAAGGCCAUCUUUGGCUCAUUACCACUUAACUUCCCCACCUUUACCCAUCUCACUACAUUCAAUCUUUCCUCUAAUUCUAUAACCGGUCCAAUUCCAUUCUCUGCCUUUGCCUCUUGUUCUGCUCUAGCUUUUCUUUCUCUCGAUCACAACAAUCUCACAGGAACACUUCCCUUAUCUCUCUCCAAUUGUACCGAGCUUAAAAUCCUUGACCUGUCUGUUAACGAGCUUACUGGCCCCGUCCCUUCCAGUCUUUCUAAGUUAUCCAACCUGCAGCAGCUCAACCUCCGUGAGAACAACUUUACAAGCCCAAUUCCUCAAUCUCUGUCAAACUGUACCAAUCUGGUAUUGUUGGAUUUAUGUUUUAACUAUGCAAUCAACGGAACCAUACCCACAGGGCUCGGCCUUCUCACCAGACUGCAAAUUCUGUGUCUAUCCGGUAACCGUCUCACCGGUCUGUUAUCCGCGACCGUUAUCUCCAAUCUAACUCAACUCCGGAUAUUGAAAGUGGGCCACAACGGUAUGAGCGGAGCGAUUCCUUCAUGGCUCGGCCAAAUGCCCUUCCUGGAACAGAUGUGGAUGGGAGGGAGUCGAUACGAAGGGAGCAUUCCUCCUUCUAUCGGGAACAUAUCAUCUCUCACCCUUUUAGCCGCCUACGGGAAUUCACUCACUGGUAAUAUUCCCAAAUCACUCGGCCAACUCUCCCGCCUGACUGCACUGAGCAUCCCACGUAAUUUUCUGACAGGCUCUCUUCCGCCAGAGCUGGGGAAUCUUACAGAUCUACAACUUGCACGAGUGUCUGUAAAUUCAUUAAGCGGGAGUAUUCCGAUCGACUUUGGCCGACUAAAAUCCCUUCAACAAUUUGAGGCGUGGAACAAUACUUUCAGCGGAAGGAUCCCAGCAGAGUUGAGCAAUUGUUCGGCGUUGGGGCUUCUGAGACUGCAGGGCAAUCAGCUAAGCGGGGCCAUACCUCCACAGCUGGGUCGCUUAAGCCUCCUAGCGGAACUGCGUUUGGAGCAAAAUCAUUUGUCGGGAACGAUUCCCGAAUCCCUUUCAAACUGUACCAAUCUUCAGGAGCUGUCCCUCGGCUACAAUCUUCUAAAAGGUACCAUUCCACCAUCUAUUGCAAGCCUGCGAAACAUAGUUCGUUCAUUUUCAAUGCCACAUAAUCGACUUAAGGGAAAAAUUCCAGCAGAAAUAGGAGGCAUGAUAUCUGUUACUGUAAUAGACCUGGCUGGCAAUUAUUUAGGCGGUGAAAUUCCAGAGAGCCUUGGAAAUUGCGUGCAGCUGCUGCAACUGAACCUCUCAAGCAAUCAAUUUAGUGGUCAAAUUCCGCAAACUUUGGGCACGCUUAUUACUCUGACGAAUUUGGAUCUCUCUGUCAACAAUUUAUCUGGUCCCAUACCAAGUUACCUUGGCGACAUGGAAACCCUUCUCUAUCUGAAUCUUUCUUAUAACAAUCUCUCUGGUCCUAUUCCCACCCGGGGUGUCUUCAGAAAUCAGUCAGCCAGCUCUUUCAUUGGGAAUUCUGACCUGUGUAUUUCAGAUUGCCCGAAAUCAUCAGCUGAUAGCUCCAGCGGUCUGUCUAGCCGAUCCAAGUUCCUUAUUAUUGUGGGAUCGUUCGCUUUUGGAGCUCUUGUUCUAACAGCCAUGGUGUACUUGUAUAUUCACAGGAGAAAAGAGAGCAAGGAUGAGUACCGAGGACAGAGGGAUUUAUUCGUUGAGCGAGAAAUAGUGAAAUUAAAUCACAAUGAGCUGUUCCAUGCGACUUCAGAGUUCAGCAAUACAAACAUAAUCGGCUCCGGCAGAAUGGCAACGGUGUAUAGCGGAAGGCUAAAUAUAUCCGGUAGGGAACAAGCUGUAGCUGUGAAGAGAUUCAAAGACGAAAUCGCGGGCAGGGUCGCAGUGAGUGAGAGCCUGAUAGCCGAAAUUCGAGUACUGGCCGUGGCUAAACACCGUAACUUAGUUCGCUUGUUGGGGUACUGCUGGGCUUCAAGGACCAUGGCUUUGGUUAUGGAGAUGAUGCCGAAUAGAAGUUUGGCUGAGCGUAUUCAAGAAAAGACACUCACCUGGAGCAUGUGCUUGAGAAUCGCACGGGGCGUGGCUGAGGGAUUGAAGUACCUUCAUCAUGAAUGUCAGCAGCCAAUUUUACACUGCGAUUUAAAACCGUCCAACAUCUUGCUGGACAUGGACUUCGAGCCCGGGAUUGCCGAUUUCGGGAUUUCAAGAAUUCUGAGAUACGAUGACUUCAGCCACGGAUAUAGCACCUCCAAUUUGCAGGGAUCCUUCGGUUACAUGCCACCAGAGUAUGCAUUAAGUGGGAGAAUGACAGCGAGAGGAGACGUAUACAGCUACGGAGUUGUGAUUUUAGAAAUGUUAUCAGGCCACAAUCCAACGUCGGAGAUGUUUAGGGAGGAAAACACGCUUCCAGAGUGGGCACUGAGGACAUCCGUGGAUGGCACACCAUUUGAAGUGAUCGCUACUCACUUUCAUACCCUUGAAAACGUUGUAGAGGAGAGUCAGCAGCAAAUGAUUAGUAUGGUGCAGCUAGGAUUGGCUUGCACCUCCCCCAGACCUGAAAAUCGACCGACCAUGAAAGAGGUCGUUAGAGCUCUGGAUAGAAUCUCUAACAACUAUACAACUAAGCUUCCUUCGGUCGUUGACCUCAUACAAUUAGCUUCCUAAGUAUGCUAUUUUGAUUCACUGAUCUUAAUGUGUUCAUCUUUGUACUUUGUAU